AUGAUGAAAGCAGUACUGUUGACAUUAGGCUUAUUCAUUGCAAUUGUACACCUUGCUCAGGGUACUGAUGGCCAUUCUUCUUUCUAUGGAGUAAAACUGUGUGGAAGAGAAUUUAUACGCGCCGUCAUCUUUACAUGUGGCGGUUCUCGCUGGAGAAGAAGAGUGGAAGACACAGCUCUUAUUGGUGAGAAGAUUCUUGAUCCAUGGAGGACAAAUUCAAUCCCCCAACCAUCUGAGCAGGAUCAUCCUAAUUCCCAAGCAUGGAAAGAUCAAGUGUUGAAUGCUGCCAGCAUCAGCCGCUCAGCUCGCUCACCGCUCAUUGAAGAGAUACCAGAGGCUCUACAGGGCACAAACAGCAACGAACAAGAAGUAGAGGUUGGACUGUCCAACAUCUGCUGCAAGUGGGGCUGUGGCAGAAGUGAGAUCAGCUCUCUUUGUUGAAUAAACAUUGUUAUCUCCCUCACUGGCUGGCAUGAAGAGUUUUUUAAAACUUCACAUUAAACUCUUUGAUUUUUACAUCUAUCACAAAAUGUGUUACUGAGACUGUCAAAGAUGAAAAUACACAAUAA